AUGAGAAACAAGUUUUCUAGAGGAAUACCCUCCUGUUUAGCAAAUGUUACCUCUUUACGAGACCUUUACUUGGACUCUAAUAAGUUAAUUUCAGAAAUACCCCCUUCCUUUUGGAAUUUGAAGGAUAUAUUGAGGGUAAACUUAUCUUCCAAUAUUGUAGUUGGAAAUGUAUCAUUGAGGAUUGAAAACUUAAAUGCUCUUGAAUUACUAGAUCUGUCAAGAAAUCAUAUUUCAGGCUUUAUUCCAACAACUCUAGGUGGCUUGAAGAAUUUGCAAGAUCUAUCCCUAGCACAUAACAAUUUGCAAGGAAAUAUUCCUGAAUCAUUCGGAAAUAUGUUGAGCUUAGUAAAAUUGGACCUUUCUGAGAAUGAUUUGUCUAGGCAGAUUCCUAAAUCUUUGGAGUUCCUUAGUGCUCUUAAGGGUAGUUAUGGUUCUGUGUUCAAAGGAAAACUUUCCAGUGGAAUGAUCAUUGCAAUUAAGAUCUUCAAAUUUGAUUCACAGCCUAGCAACAUUUUAAUGGAUGAUGAAAUGGUUGCUCAUGUUAGUGACUUUGGAAUUUCCAAGCUUUUAGAUAAAGAGGAAUCUAAGACAAACACAGAGACAAUACCUACUAUUGGCUAUGUGGCACCUGUAUUUUUUUCUGAGAAUACACCCAAUCAUGUUCGAGAUUCGCUGCAUGGAUCCCUUGGAAUUGUUGAGGUUGAUGAUCUAGGAAAAUAUCUUGGCAUUUAUAGUAUCUGGGGAAAGACCAAAACUCAAGCACUGGCCUAUGUCAAAGAGAAAACUAGGGUUAAUAACAGCUCCUGGGACUCCUUCCGCUGCUUCGUUCUUCCAUUUCCUGGUUCGAAUCAACAAAGCGCCAUCACCUGUUUCUUUGGGCUAGCUCCUCCAUCUUCUUGCGCGUCGUCAAGCAUCCAUUGGGAGCUUUUCGUGGCUUCUUCAUUUGCUUUUGGGUUUUGUCGAAUCAGGGAUCCCUGGAAGAAAAUGCUAGCAGUCGGAUAUCACUAUCAAUACUUGUCCAGCUUCAUCAGAAAGCAGUCAGAAACUGGUGUCGAUAUAGUUACAGGAACUCGUUAUGUUAAUGGCAGUGGUGUGCAUGGAUGA